AGCAAUGACGGGCAAGAAUAGAUUCACGUAAAAUCUCAUGCGCAUGGGUGUGUGAAAGCGUUCACUUGACCAUUGAAUAGUCGAUAUUUUUAAACUUAAUGAAUACUAUUGCUAAUGUGGUUACGAAAACGCACACGAACUAUUCAUUUUACAGUUCUUGCAAGGUGAUGAAAAACAGUAAUCGGUUGAAUCGUGUCAUACCACAUCUAAUGACGUGGAUAUAGGUUAGGUUCUACAUAGUGGUGGAAUAGUUACCUAAAUCUUUUCGAAACAUUAUUGUUAAAGUAAUUUAAAAACUUGACACUGCAAAUAAAUAAAAAAUAAUGUUUGAAAUCACAGAUACACAGAAGAUUGGAGUAGGACUCGCUGGUUUUGGAAUAUCAUUUCUUUUCCUUGGCGUAUUAUUACUUUUCGAUAAGGGUUUGCUUGCUAUUGGAAACAUUCUAUUUAUAUCUGGAUUGGCAUGUGUUAUCGGUCCAAAGAGAACUCUAAAUUUCUUUUUCCAAAGACAUAAGAUAAAAGCCAGCAUCUCGUUCUUAGGAGGCAUUAUUGUUGUACUUCUUGGUUUUCCCAUCAUUGGAAUGAUCAUAGAAACAUAUGGUUUUGUAUUAUUAUUCAGUGGUUUUCUACCAGUUGCAAUAAACUUUUUACGAAGAUUACCUGUAUUAGGUACUAUUUUAAAUAUGCCUGGUCUUAGUCGAAUUUUAGACAUGAUUGCAGGAGAUUCUAACAGAACGACCGUAUGAUGCGUUUCUUAAAAUUACUGCUCAAAGAAUGUAUAUAAGAUUGAAUGCUGUAUAUUGUGUCCCAAGAUUUUCUGUCAUUCCUUACUAGUGUUUUGUGGAUCUCUUUUGUACUGUGUAAAUAUCAAAAAUAGGUAACACAACUCGCUUAUAUAUGUAUCGAUCAUUCAACUUAAUGUUAAAGUUAUAUAGAAAUAAUAUAUAGAUUUUUCAUUUUCGUAUAAGACAAGCGUAUUGAAAAGAUUGUAUGUGUGUAAAAGCAUUCUAAAAACUUCAAGUGUAAGCAGGAUGAGAAAUGAAAGUUAAACAGGAAAACAUUUCCUUGAAAUCAUUCAUUUGCUGCAUCAGUAAAUUAAUGAUAUUAUGAGUUGAAGUUUUGUGCUUUUUAUUUUGAGUGUUUGUACUAAGAAAUCAAUGAAUGAACUGUAUGACAUAAUGUCUAGUGUAUGCUGAAUGUAAUUAUUCUAAAAGAAAA